AUGAAUCCUGCAACCAAGGAGGGGCUUCAGGGAGAAGCUGCCCCCGAGCUGCUCGAGGGCCGCAUUUGGGUUGACGGAUGCUGGGAUUUCUUUCACCACGGACACGCUGGAGCAAUGGUUCAAGCGCGGCAGCUUGGAGACGAGCUAUAUGUCGGUGUGCAUUCUGACGAGGAAAUCUUGGCCAACAAGGGCCCUACCGUCAUGAGCCUGGGAGAAAGAUUGGCGGCCUCGGAUGCCUGUCGAUGGGUCACCAAGUCCGUUGGUCACGCGCCCUACGUCACCGAGCUUGACUACAUCUCCCAUUACGGCUGCAAAUACGUCGUCCACGGGGAUGACAUCACGUCCGACAGCGACGGCAACGAUUGCUACCGGUUCGUGAAGCAAGCCGGGCGGUUCAAAGUCGUCAAGCGCUCACCAGGCAUCUCGACCACGGACCUCGUGGGCCGCAUGCUUCUGUGCACCAAGACGCACUUCAUCCAUUCCUUGCAAAAGACGCUCGCUGGCCUGGAAGGAUACGGCAGCCCUGACGAGCGAAAAGCGCAGGGGCAGGCGAUGCUGGAACGCCUCAAGCUGUAUGCUACCGACGAGACCGCCAAGGCGCCCGGCGCGGACGUGUGGUUCUGGAACGCGUCGACCCAAGCAAAGGCCGAGGAUACGGAGGAGGAAAGGGGGACUUUUGAGAAGAUGCUCACCGCCGGCGGGCCAAAACCAGGACAGCGGAUUGUCUAUGUCGACGGCGGAUUCGACUUGUUCUGCAGCGGCCACAUUGAGUUUCUGCGAAAAGUCGCGGUCGAGGAGGAGGAGCUCGCGCGCAAGGCGGGCUGGUACUCUGAAGAAUCCAAACGCAGGCGAACGAGCGACGGCGGCAAGGACUAUGGCCCGGCAUACGUUGUGGUCGGGAUACACGACGACGAAGUAAUCAACCAGUGGAAGGGCGUCAACUACCCCAUCAUGAACAUUUACGAGCGCGGGCUUUGCGUCUUGCAAUGCAAGUACAUUCACGCGGUGCUGUUCGGCGCCCCGUUUACGCCAACCAAGGCGUAUCUGAAGUCGUUGCCAUGGGGCAUCCCCGACGCCAUCUACCACGGACCUACAGCCUUCAUACCACUCACCUACGACCCUUACACGGCGCCCAAGGAGAUGGGGAUCUACCGCGAAAUCGGCAAGCAUGCCUUUUCCGAGGUCAAUGCGGGCGAGAUCGUGCAGCGCAUCAUGAAGAGCAGGGACAAGUACGAGGCAAGGCAGCGGGCCAAGGGGGCCAAGGCCGAAGCAGAAGCGGCAGCCCGACGGCGAGAAAUCCUGGAAGAAGAGCAGCGGAACAGGGAGAGCGAGAGAAACGGCAGAAGCACGUGA